GUUAAUUGGAUUUAUUUGUGCUUUUACUAAGAACGGUGCGCGUCACAUCUUCCUCCGAUUCCGUUUCAACUUUCGUCUUUUUUGCCUCCGCCAUGGACACAGAGAAGCUGCUGUGGGCUGUGAAGAAUGGUGAUAUACAGAGCUUCCAGGAUCUAUCCUUGAAUCUUAAAGAUUUGAGCAGUAUAUCAGCCAAUGGCCGUAGUCUCCUGCAUCACGCGGCGGAUUAUGGACAACCAGAAAUCUGUGAAUAUCUUUUAUCAAAAGGAGCCGACCUUAAUAGCGUUGAUAAGUAUGGCGUCACACCCUUACUAGCAGCAAUUUAUGAAGAUCAUGUUGCUUGCGUCCGGGUGCUUCUAGAGAAGGGUGCUCAGUUUGUUAAGACUCCAGCCGUUUCUUCUUAUAUGGAGGUCGCAGGAUCCCAAGAAUUGAGAGAUCUACUCCGAAAAUAUGGUGCUGUGUAGUGUUCCCUGACAAGAUAACGUCCAGCUGCAUUUCUUUGAUUUUAUCAUUUUAGCUGUCAGGCUUCCCAUGUGCCUUAAAUAUAAUUUCCUUUGCUC